UUGGGAGUUGUAGUACGAAUCCAGUCAGGGUUAGAACCAUGUCGGUGACCAAGGAGCUCUUACAGAUGGACUUGUACGCGCUGCUAGGUAUUGAGGAGAAGGCGGCGGACAAAGAGGUGAAGAAGGCAUAUAGGCAGAAGGCCCUCUCCUGCCACCCAGACAAAAAUCCAGAUAAUCCCAGAGCAGCUGAACUCUUCCACCAGCUUUCUCAGGCCUUGGAGGUACUGACAGACGCUGCAGCCAGGGCCGCGUAUGACAAGGUCAGGAAAGCCAAGAAGCAGGCAGCAGAGCGGACCCAGAAACUAGAUGAGAGAAGGAAGAAAGUGAAGCUUGACCUAGAGGCCCGGGAGCGGCAGGCUCAGGCCCAGGGCAGUGAGGAGGAGGAGGAGAGCCGGAGCACCAGGACACUAGAGCAGGAGAUCGAACGCCUUCGAGAAGAGGGUUCCCGGCAGCUGGAGAAACAGCAGAGGCUGAUCCAGGAGCAGAUACGCCAGGAACGGGAACAGAGGUUGAGAGGAAAGGCAGAAAAUCCCGAAGGCAAAGGAACUCCCAAGCUAAAGCUAAGAUGGAAGUGCAAGGAGGAUGGGUCAAAAGGCGGCUACUCCAGAGAUGUCCUCCUACAGCUUUUUCAAAAGUAUGGAGAGGUGCUCAACCUGGUGCUUUCCAGUAAGAAGGCAGGCACUGCCGUGGUGGAGUUUGCAACUGUCAAGGCUGCGGAACUGGCUGUCCAAAAUGAAGUGGGCCUGGUCGAUAACCCUCUGAAGAUUUCCUGGUUGGAGGGAUGUCCCCAGGGCAAGGACGGCCCUGACCGCCCAGGACUGUCACAGGCCUUCGGCUCUUCCAGUCACCACACCUCUGCCCACCCUCGCCCCAUUCAGAAGCUGGGAUCACUGGGAAACUGCUCCCUCAGCAUCUGUAGAACUUCCUCAAGGAGCGACAUCCCCAAGUCCACUUUGAAGGAAGAGAAGGGAUCGUUAGGGUCCAGAGUAGGUGUCUUCUGGAAGGGGGAAGUGUCCACAAGGUCCUCCUCGGAGUAUUCGUGGAGGGCGCCUGCCAGGGAGAGCGACGAGGGCAGCACGGCUGAGUAGGCAGCAGCGUAGGCAGGCGAGGGCUCCAGGAUGUUGGGGCAGCUGGAGCUCUC